ACAGAGCAGAAUCACAGACCGGAGACGGAAACACGGCACGCACCUCUGAUCCCCCACGGACCCACCCGGACCGACCCGUCCGCCGCGCACGGCACGGAGGAGCGAGCGACCGCACCUCGCCGCCUCACCGCCUCGCCCCACUUGGCCACCUCUCCCCAAGCCUCGGUCCCGGCAUCCGGCAGCGGCGGCGGCGGUGGAGGAGGAGGAGCUCAGCUCAUGGUGUUCUGUUCUGCCCCCUCACUUGGGCCGUCGGGGUAGACCUUGAGAAGGCACGGACCGGCCGCGGGCGGGCGGUAGCGGAGAGCAGGGAUGGGGUACCUGCCGUCGCUGGGGGGCAAGGCGGCGCACCUGGUGUCCGACCUCGCCACCGUCAUCCUCAACCCCGUCUCCGAGCGGGAGAGCCAGCGCCAUCCCUCCCACCUCCCGGAGGCCACUGAAGUGCAAGAAAAUAUGUAUGAUGACGAUGACGAUGAUUCAGUCAAAAACUCUGAGAUUCCUUAUGGCCCUGACACAUCUUCCUUCAGAGCAUUUCUGAUGUCAUUUAUGUCGUCAUCAAACUCCAGCAAUGAUUCAAUGGAAAUCAUUCCUGAGCACAAUAUGGAUAUGGAAUAUCCAACUUUAACACCUGUUGGGAAGGGAAGCAAUGGAAGGAAGGGCCUGCUUAGCAGAGGGAAGCAUUCCAUUGGAAAAAUUAUUAACAAAGCAGGCAGAAUUGGUGGUUUCAGACAAAAGACCAGCUACAAUAUUGAUGAUGGAACUGUUCAGACAGAAUCUGAUGCACCGGGGUUUGAACUUAAGGGAUCAAAGGAAUCUGCUUCACAUGAAAAGUUACCAGCCAUGUCUGAACCAUCCAUGCUUUUGUCUGAAACCAUGCGAACUGUUCUUUAUACAUCUCUUCCUGUACUUGUUCAAGGAAGGAACUGGAUGUUGGUAUACAGUACCUGGAGACAUGGAAUAUCUUUAUCCACUCUGUACAGAAGGAGCAUGCUUUGUGCUGGUUAUUCACUUUUGAUAGUUGGGGAUCGAAAAGGAGCUGUGUUUGGUGGUUUAGUUGAGGCCCCAUUGCAACCAUUAAUAAAAAAGAAGUAUCAGGGGACCAACAGCUGCUUUGUGUUCACCAAUAUAGCCGGUCGCCCUGUUAUAUAUCGUCCAACAGGUGCUAAUAACUACUUCACUCACUGCUCCACCGAUUAUUUGGCAAUGGGAGGUGGUGGUCACUUUGCACUUUAUCUCGAUGGAGACCUUAUGAACGGUUCAAGUUCAACGUCAGACACAUUUAACAACCCAUGCUUAUCACGUUCCCAGGAGUUUGAGGUCAAAGAUGUUGAGCUGUGGGGCUUCGUCAAUGCUUCCAAGUAUGAUGAGAUGCUCACGAUCUGCCGUACUGAGAAGCAAGGGAUCUGGAAUCUGUGACUGUUUACAAUUGACCUGAGUUGUUUACUACCGAUACUUGAUGCUGACCCAUCCUUGUGGCUUGUACAGUUUUGUAGUAUAUAUAGGCCUUGUGAGUUCUAAGAAAGAAUGGUGAAAUACCCCUUUUAAAACUAGUUCGCCAACGGAAUUAUGUAGCUGAAGAAUGUGCAACUCUGGAACAUGAGCAGCUGAUGCUUGUAAAUAUUGUACUGUACCAUAGGUCCAUAGCUAAUAGCUUCAUGACGAAAUGCAGUGAUAAACUGAUUAGCAUACAUUGCUUUUGUCGUGUUUGCUGGAGUAAUAACCAGAGAUUCAAGUCUCGACGAAAAUAAAAAGGGAGAACUGCUUCUUAAUGAUAGAAAAAUGAUCCUAAACUGCGU